GUACGGUCUCUGCGAAGUGCUGCUGUUCGACUGCUACCAGUGCAACAUGUCGACAAUUAAUUUGCCACUGAAUUUAACCGUGCGCGUCCACCCGGUGGUCCUGUUCCAGAUUGUGGACGCCUUCGAGCGACGUAAUGCAGACUCGGAGCGUGUUAUCGGAACGCUACUGGGUUCCGUGGACAAGGGUGUCGUCGAGGUGACGAACUGCUUCUGCUUGCCCCACAAGGAGCACACCGAUCAGGUGGAGGCAGAACUGGGCUACGCGUCCGAUCUGUACGAGCUGAAUCAGCGCGUCAAUGCAUCGGAAAACAUCGUCGGUUGGUGGGCUACCGGCCAGCGGGUGACGAACCAUAGCUCGGUCAUCCACGAAUACUAUGCUCGCGAGUGCACGAAUCCCAUCCACAUGACGCUGGACACUUCGCUCACCGGUGCCCGGAUGGGCCUGAAGGCGUACGUUUGCGUAUCGCUCGGGGUUCCCGGGGGCAAGAGUGGAUGCAUGUUCACACCGAUCAACGUCGAGGUGACGAGCUACGAACCGGAAGUGGUCGGUCUGCAGCUGUGCAUGAAAACGAUCGGUCUGCAGUCGAACCCGAACCGUCAGCGUACCGUUUCGCCGAUGCUGGAUCUGGCGCAAGUCACCGACGCCUCGGGCAAACUGUUGACGUUACUCGGCGAGGUGCUGGCAUACGUCGAGGACGUGCUGAACGAGAAGCAGCAGCCGGUAAACACGGUCGGACGCGCCUUGCUCGAUCUGAUCCACUCGGUGCCGAACAUGACCGGCGACCAGUUUGCGCAAAUGUUCAACUCGAACGUCAAGGAUUUGUUGAUGGUGGUCACGUUGUCACAGCUAAUUAAAACUCAACUGCAACUGAACGAACGACUGACGUCACUGACGUCGUUCCUCAACUAAACGGGCGCGGGACACUUUGGACGGGUGCUGAGCGGAGUGGAGCACCCCUCUUCGAACCGUCACUACGAGCGGGAGAAGGAUAGUUGUGGAAAAGUAUAACAAGAAAAGUGGACGAGCGUUGGGAAACGGUAAAUUAUUCCAGAAUCGUGUAUCAUCGAUGGGUACAAAUAAAACGAAGCUCAUCAAGGUGAGAGGGCA